AGUAGAACAUUCUCGUCACAGACAAAGCAGAAAGAUUUGGAAGCCGGCGAUAGUGAUUUGAAUAAUUUCAAAUUUUUGGUUGAUCAUUUUUUACAAGGCUGUAUUUGCUUCCAAACAACUUCACCCCUGCUCUGUAGUCCUACCUCCAUGGACAAGAUUCUGGAGGCCCUGGUGGGCUCGUCCCACUCGGUGCCGGUGAAGAAGGCCAUCGUGAAGAAGGUGGUGGAGGCUGCAGAGAAGGAGGCCACAGAGGAGCAGUGCCAGGCGCUGUACAGCCUUACCGCUCGCCUCAUCCUCCUGGGAGAGGACACCUUCCAGAAGCAGGUGGGCUUCCAGGUCCUGGAGGCCUACGGCCGCUACCACCGGCCUGCGUUCGAGCGCUUCUUCACCCGAGACUUCAUCCUGGGGCUCCUUCAGCAGGGCUACGGGCCCCUGGACCGCAAGGACCCAUCCCUGGUGGACUACAUCCACUGCUGCCUGCGGCUGCUCAUCAGCUGCCCCUCAGUGCUGGAGAUCUUCCGCCUGCUGCAGACGGAGGUGCUCAGGAUGGUGUGUGAGAGGCCCAACCCCGCCCUCUGCGCCCGGCUGGCCACGCUGCUGUCAGACUUCGGCCAGUGCGUCCCCAGGGACAAGGCGGCCAUCUUGUUCUGCCAGCAGCUGGUGAGGACCAUCGGCUACUUCCACUGCCCGGCCAAUCAGGAGCGGGAGCUGAGAGAGUAUGUGGGUCAGGUGACCAAGGUGGGGACGCUGCUGCAGAACAUCUGGAAGGCGGAGCCUACAAUGCUGCUGCCCUCGCUGCAGGAAGUGUUCUCCAUCAUCUCCACCACAGACCCGUCCUUCGAGCCUUCCAUUGCCCUGGCCAGCCUGGUGCAGCACAUCCCUCUGCAGAUGAUCACCGUGCUCAUCAAGAGCCUCUCCACUGACCAGAACGUCAGGGACGCCAGCAUGACCAAGGCUCUCUGCAGGAUGAUAGACUGGUUGUCGUGGCCACUGGCACACCAUGUGGACACCUGGGUGAUCGCCCUGCUAAAGGGGCUGGCCUCCGUGCAGAAGUUCACCAUCCUCAUAGAUGUCACCCUGCUGAAGAUAGAGCUGGUGCUGAACCGGCUGUGGUACCCCAUCGUGAGGCAGGGGGCGCUAGAGGUCCUCGCUCACAUGCUGCUCAGCUUCCAGCAUUCUCCUGAGGCCUUCCACCUGGUGCUUCCUCAUGUGCUGCCUCUGGUCCAGUCUCUGAGGAGUGACGGGCUGCCCAGCAGCAGUGCCUUCCUGCUGCAGUUCACUGAGCUGGUCCACUGCAUGAUGUACCAGUACUCUGGCUUCCCAGACCUCUACGACUGCAUCCUGGACGCCAUCAAGGACCUGCCCAGGCCCAGUGAGGAGCAGAUGAAGCUGGUUCUUGACCAGGCAGCCUGGACGUCUCAGCCUAGCUCGUCUGGAGUGGUGCAGCUGGCAGGGCGCUCUGAGACUGGACGCACCGGCCUGGUCAACCUGGGCAACACCUGCUACAUGAACAGCAUCAUCCAGACCCUGUUCAUGGCCACAGAUUUCAGGAGGCAGGUUAUGUCGCUACGUCUGAACGACGCCCACACACUGAUGAAGAGACUACAGCUGCUCUUCGCUUUCCUGGCCCACACUCAGAGGGCAGCGUUCUCUCCGAGGAGCUUCCUGGAGGUGUCCCGCCCCCCCUGGUUCAACUCUGGCUCCCAGCAGGACUGUUCUGAGUACCUCCGCUUCCUCCUGGACAGGUUACACGAGGAGGAGAAAACCCUCCAGGCCCUCCUGCCGGCCAAGACAAAUGUUGUCUCCCCCAACGGCGACCCUGGGGGUGAGGAAGAAGGGGGCGGGGCCACACUAAUUGAGCGGAUGUUUGGCGGGCGUGUGAGCACGGAGGUGCGCUGUCUGACCUGCAACAGCGUGUCAGAGAACCAGGAGCCCUUCACCGACCUGUCCCUGGCCUUCAGGCCCUCAGACGAGCCCCGCCGCCCAGCCCAGGGGUCCGUUAACGGGGGUGGCGAGGAGAGAGCCGCCUCGCCCGCCCACACUCCUACACCCGCCUUCUCCGCCGGCCAUGUUGGGACUGCGGCUGGCGAGCAGCCGGCUCUGUCUGUCCCCGACCUUGUGAACUACUUCCUGGCCCCGGAGAUCCUGGACGAGGACAACGCCUACUUUUGCGAGCGCUGCGGUGCGCUGCGGCGUGCAGAGCGGGGGAUGAGGGUGGUUGCGGCUCCUGAGUACCUCAUCCUCACGCUGCUCCGCUUCUCUUAUGACUCCUCCUGCCACAUCCGACGCAAGAUCCUGGACAACGUCUCCAUCCCUCCUCUCAUGAGGCUGCCUGUCCAUGCCCCUCUACCCCGACACGCCUCCUCCCCCUCCUCACCUCUGCAGGUGGACUCUCCAGAGAGCAGCGAGAACCUGGCCAAGAAGCUGAAGCCGUCGCGGAGAGAGGAGGAGGAGGGGACGAGAGAGGUAGAGGAGGGAGGGGGGGUCCAGUCCAUACCGUAUGUCCUCAGCUCAGUGGUGAUGCAUUCUGGGAUGUCGUCGGAGAGCGGUCACUACUACUCCUACGGACGCAACCUUACAGGGGCGGAGCCGCAGAUGGCCAAUCACUGCUCCCUGGGGGCAGAGCAUGCUGACGGGGAAGCAGAGUUGAGCUUAGCCCCACCCAGACAGGAAGUUGGAGUCUUAGGGGAUGGCCACGAGGCCAAGGAUUGGCUGCUGUUCAAUGACAGCAGAGUGACAUUCACGUCGUUCCGUUCGGUGCAGAAUGUGACGAGUCGCUUCCCCAAGGACACGGCGUACGUGCUGGUGUACCGGCGGCAGCAUGCGCCAGCCUCGCACGAUAACGGGGGAGGGGGCGGGGCCAACGGCUUGAGGCUGGGGGCGGAGCCACCACUGCAGAAGGAGCUGAUGGACGCCAUCACCAAGGACAACAAGUUGUACCUGCAGGAGCAGGAGCUGAGCGCUCGGACCCAGGCCCUCCAGGCGUCCUCGGCCUCCUGCUCGUCCCGCCCCCACGGCCCCGAUGACAACGACCCCCCCGGCAGCUGUGGGCCCUCGGGGGAGGGGGGGGGGGGGGGAGGUGGAGGAGGGGGGGGCUUCAACACCGUCAGUAGACUGGUGUUCUGA